GGGACUUGGGAGCUCGCAGCGAGCGGAAGUGCAAUUUAUCAGCCGGACUUCACAAAACACAUGCGGAAAGCUGUUUCUAGUGGCAAGGUCGGGGCCGGAGGUCCCCGCAGUGCCAUGAAGGGUGGGGAUGCGACCGGCGACCGGCCGAAGGCAGACACAUCUGACAUGUCAUUUGAGGAGCUGUUGAGAUUACAGAGCCAAGUGAGACCCAAGGCAAACAAACAAUUGGUAGCUGGAAACAGCACUAAAACUCGAAGCCCCAGACAACCCGUGUGUGUCGCAGAUAAGCACCGGCCUCUGGAAAUGUCAGCCAAAGUCCGGGUGCCAUUCUUACGUCAGGUGGUUCCUGUCAGUAAAAAGGUCGCCCGAGACCCCCGCUUUGACGAUCUGUCAGGGGACUAUAACCCUGAAGUGUUUGACAAGACUUACCAGUUCCUGAAUGAUAUUCGAGCCAAGGAGAAACAGCUUGUGAAGAAGCAGUUGAAGAAGCACCGCUCAGGGGAGGAGCGUGAGAAGCUGCAGCAGCUGCUUCAGCGGAUGGAGCAGCAAGAGACAGCACAGCAGGAGCGCAAGCAGCAGCAGGAGCUGCACCUGGCCUUGAAGCAGGAGCGGAGGGCUCUGGCACAGCAGGGCCAUCGGCCAUACUUCCUGAAGAAAUCCGAGCAGCGCCAGCUGGCCCUCGCUGAGAGGUUCAAGGAGCUGAAACGCAGCAAGAAGCUGGAGAGUUUCCUGAGUCGGAAGCGGCGCCGGAACGCGGGCAAGGACAGGAGGCGUCUCCCUCUGAGCAAGGAGUAGUAAGGAAGGCCCCAGGAGACCUGGGCUGGGGGACGAGUCUGGGUUGGCCAGUGCUGGUUCUGUCCUGCUCAAAGGCAAGCAUGACAACUACUCCUGAUCUAGGCUGACUCAGAAGACGGGAGUGCUCGGGACUGCGCUAGGCUUCACGUCACGUCAGCGGGGCCUCCACCUUCCAUGUCACACUGCCUUUCUGGAAUCUGGUCUCCUGUUCUUGUCCUAGCCUUGCCUUAAGCCAGUGACUCAGAUGAAGAGGGGGCGUGGCCUGUCGUCAUGUGAGCUUUCAGAGCAGGGACUUCACAUAAGAGCCACUCUGGCAACAUGCUUGAUUCUCCUUGUUUUAUUCUGUUUUGUUGUUGUUUGGUUUUUCAAGAUGGGGUUUGUCUACAGCCCUGGCUGUCCUGGAACUCCCUCUGUGGACCAGGCUGGCCUGGAACUCACAGGGAUCUGCCUGCCUCUGCCUCUUGAGUGCCAGGACUCAAGGUGUGCAUCACCACUGGCUGGCUUGCUUUGUUGUUGUAUUUGUUUGUUAUUUUUCAGUUGUGGGUAUGUCUGUGUGUGGGUAUGUGCACAUGAACGCAGGGAUCUUCAGGGAAGCAUUGACUUCCCGUGGAGCUGACGUCACAGCGCUUGUGAGCUGCCAGUGCGGGUGCUGGGGCCAAGCUUGCAUCCUCUGCCAGAACAGAGCACACUUAAUCCCUGUUUCCGUUUUUAAUGGGAGACCUAGAACUAUUGUUGCAGUAAGCUGCAUAUGUGGGGGGUCUAAAGUGUGAGAAGUCAGAUCACAGGGCCCUCCAUCUUCAAUCUGGGCCCUGAAAAGAUGUCUAAAGGGAGAGUCAAGCCUACAGUUGAUAGCGUGGGACGUGGGAGGUAGGGUGUGAGUCAGUGUUUGCUAGUGUAUCCCGAGAGGCUUCGGUCCGUGUCCUCCCUUGCUUCUGGGCCCAUAUGUAGUAAGACAGAGCAUACAGCAGUGUGUCUUGCUUCAUGUUAGGAUUGUAAGUGUGUGCCAUGGAACACAUCCUUGGGACAUUCUGUAUAAAGGAAGUCACUGUGAUUAUAUGUGCGUGUCUUGGUUAGCUUUUUACUGCUGUGAUUAAACACCACAACCAAAAACAAUCUGGGGAGCAAAAGGUUUAUUUUAUCUUACAGCUUGUAGUCCAUCAUGAAGGGAAGUCAGGAGAAGGAUUCAAAGCAGGAACUAAAUAGAGGCUGGGGAAGACCUCUGCCUACUGGCUUGCUCUCCUUGGCUUGUAUCUUCUUUCAAUUUUCUGUCUUUUCCUUUUUUUUUUUUUUUUUUUUAAGUUUGUCAGGACAUGGUUUCUCUGUAGCCCUGGCUAUCCUGGAAUUCACUCUGUAGACCAGGCUGCCCUCAAUCUGCCUGCCUCUGCCUCCCAAAUGCUGGGAUUAAAGGUGUGAGUGCGCCACCACCGCCCGGCUUCAGCGUGCUUGCUUGCUUUCUUCUUCUUUUUUUUUUUUUCUUUUUUUCUUUUUGGUUUUUCAAGACAGGUUUUCUCUGUAUAUCCUUGGCUGUCCUGGAACUCACUCUGUAGACCAGGCUGGCCUCGAACUCAGAAAUCUGCCAGCCUCUGCCUCCCAAGUGCUAGGAUCAGCCUGCUUUCUUACACCACCCAGACCACCUGCCCAGGGAUGUUACUACCCACAGUGACCUGGAUCAUCUUAGGUCAGCCACCAGUGAAGAGAGUGUCCAACAGAUUUACCUAAACACCAACUCUAUAGAAGCAUGCUCUCAAUUAAGGUGACGUGCCUGUGUCAAGUCCACAUAAAAAGUAGCCAGUUUGAUGUAUGUUUCUCUUAAGGCCCAGAAUAGAUUGUUUUCUUCAAUUGAGAUUUUCAUAUGAGAAUGGCUACCUAGGAUUUGUUUUUAUUUUAUGUGUAUGGGUGGGGAAUUUCUUGCUUUUUUUUAAUGAUGAAUGAGCUGAGAAUUUUAUUAUUUCUUAAAUUUUAAAAUUAUUCUAUUUUGGGCCGGUGGUUAAGAGCACUGGCUGCUCUUCCAGAGGUUCUGAGCUCAACUCCCAGCAACCACAUGGUGGCUCACAACCAUCUGUAAUGGGAUCCGAUGCCCUCUGCUGGUGUGUCUGAAGAGAGUAACAGUGUACUCAUAUACAUAAAUAAAUACUAUUUUAUUUUAUAGGUAUGGG